CGCAUAGUUGACCUCCGGGCUGCAAAGCUGGGCAGCGACGACUUGUGCGCGCGGGGCUCCUGGGCCUCCUGUGGCUCCGAACGCCUGCCCCUGCGUCCGCCUCGCAUCAGGGGACGGCGCCGCAGGGUUGCCUACACGCCUCCGGCGCUCACUGAAGCCGCAGGAUAGUGGAGUUGGUUGGCAUUUGUUGAGUGUUUCCCGUGCCUGAAGCUCCGAUAAGCGCCUUGUAAACAGGCUCCUGAGUUUGCUCUUAGGGAGAGAGAACUCCAUGCCAGUCUUGGCGGGAACCCAGAGGAGCUGCUGACCGGUCUGGGAGCCUUAAAUGAAAUCCAGGGACGUCUCCACGGAGACACGCAUAAGACUUUCAGAAGCUCUGUGUACUGAAAAGGACCACCAUGUCCCUCCACUCGGCAAAGUGUCCUUCGUCCUGUAACGACAGCUGCAAUUUGAAACGUCAAAUAUCAAAAUCCUUACACAAAAUAUAUUUUCCCACUUUGGCGCCCCUGCUUGGCUGGUGUCACGAGUACGUACCAGGCUCCUGGCCAGAAGCUGGAGGGGACUUGGUCAACAAGACCAAGAAACGACUCAGCUGAGCUUUGUAGCUCUGAGACAGAAAAUGUCUGCGGAUGGCGGAGGCAUCCGUGCUACCCAGGACAAGGAGAGAGCCCAAGAGACUCCAGGUCAUGGGCAUUCUUGUCAAGAAAUGCUUUCCGAGUCGGAGGGGACAGUGCCGUUGGGAGCCGCUCAGGGGUCACCCCACAUCAAGAUGGAGCCAGAAGAGCCGCACCCUGAGGGGGCAUCACAGGAGGCCAGAGCUCAAGGAGCACGGGGCUGGGUGCCCCUAAGCCAGGGCUCUAAGGAGAAAGCGCAUUUCCUGCCUGGCGGAGCCCUCCCCUCCCCCCAGAUCCCUGUGCUCUCUCACGAGGGGAGGACCAGAGAACGGCGGAUGGCCACGGCGCUCCUCACUGCCUGGUCCCAGAUGCCAGUGACCUUUGAGGACGUGGCUGUGUACCUCUCCCGGGAGGAGUGGGGGCGGCUGGACCACACACAGCAGAGCUUCUACAGGGAUGUCCUGCAGAAGAGGAACGGGCUGUCCUUGGCAGGGUUUCCCUUCAGCAGGCCUUUCUGGGCCUCUCAAGUGCAGGGCAAGGGCGAGGCCUCGGGAUCCUGCCAGCAGAUGGGAGAUGAGGAGGAGGAGAAGAGAGGAGCCGUGGAGGUGGGCAAGGAGGAGCUAGCCCCGUCCCUGGGAGCCUUUGGGGAUAUGAAGUCCUUCAAAAGCAGGGUGGGGAGAGCCCAGGGGGACGCCCCACGGUGUGGGCAGCGAGCAGUCGGCGGCCAGAGCUCAGGGCCAGCCAAGGACGAUGUGCAGCCGGGUCCCGCGGAGGAGGCACAGUCGGAACCAGCCCCGCCUGACAUCGGCAUCCCGAAAGCCCAGGAGGGCCGCUUCCCAGAGCAACCCAGAGAGGGGGAGACGACCGCCACUGAGAGCAGCGAGGCGGGCCUGGCCCCUGACGGCGACGCCGGCAAGAAGACCUACAAGUGCGAGCAGUGCGGCAAGGCCUUCAGCUGGCACUCGCACUUGGUGACGCACCGGCGCACGCACACGGGCGAGAAGCCCUACGCCUGCACGGACUGUGGCAAGCGCUUCGGCCGCAGCUCGCACCUCAUCCAGCACCAGAUCAUCCACACUGGCGAGAAGCCCUACACCUGCCCGUCCUGCUGGAAGAGCUUUAGCCACCACUCGACGCUGAUCCAGCACCAGCGCAUCCACACGGGUGAGAAGCCCUACGUGUGCGACCGCUGCGCCAAGCGCUUCACCCGCCGCUCAGACUUGGUCACCCACCAGGGCACCCACACAGGCGCCAAGCCGCACAAAUGCCCCAUCUGCGGCAAGUGCUUCACGCAGAGCUCAGCCCUGGUCACCCACCAGCGCACACACACCGGGGUCAAGCCCUACCCGUGCCCCGAGUGCGGCAAGUGCUUCAGCCAGCGCUCCAACCUCAUCGCCCACAACCGCAUGCACACCGGCGAGAAGCCCUACCACUGCCUCGACUGCGGCAAGAGCUUCAGCCACAGCUCCCACCUCACCGCCCACCAGCGCACCCACCGCGGCGUCCGGCCCUACUCCUGCCCCCUGUGCGGCAAGAGCUUCAGCCGGCGCUCCAACCUGCACCGGCACGAGAAGAUCCACACGGCGGGGCCCAAGGCCCUGGCCAUGCUGAUGCUGGGGGCAGCCGGGGCUCUGGCGGCGCCCCCUCCGGCCCCCACCUAGGAGGCUGAGAGACAGGGGCCGGCCCGGAGACAGGGAAGGAGGGGGAUUGGAACGGGGGCAGCUGCUGCGGGGGU